ACUUUAUAUUCUAAAAACUUUUAAUUGUAUUUUCAUAAUAAAUUUCGUUGUAGUCUCUUCCGGAAAAUACUCCUAUUGGUACAGAAUUAUUAACAAUAUCAGCAAGUGAUGCUGAUAAAGGUUUAAAUGGUUUAAUACAUUAUUCAAUAAUUAAUCCUCCAAGUUCAUCAUCAUUUCCAUUUAUAAUAAAUUCUACAACCGGUGUUAUUAGUCUUCAUUCAUCAUUAGAUUAUGAAAUAACACGUUCAUAUAGAUUUUUAAUUCGUGCAUCUGAUUCUGGUUUAGUACAAUCAUUAUUUACUGAUACAUGGCUUUCAAUUUCAAUAAAAGAUAUAAAUGAUUGUCCAGUUGAAAUAAUGUUUCUACCAAAUCGACGUUUUCAAUAUGAUAAUCAAAAAUUAUUUAUAUAUGAAAAUACAGAAAUAAAUAAUUUAACAUUAGGUUAUAUACGUUUAGUUGAUCGUGAUUCAAUAGAAACAAAACUUUCAAUAUCAUUAAUAAUAUUAGAUAAACAAAUAAAACAAGAUUAUGAAAUAAUUUCAUCAAAUCAAUUAAAUUCUUAUAUACUUAUUGCUAAACAAGGAAUAUUUGAUAGAGAAAUUCAAACAGAAAUAAAUCUACGUUUUAUAGCAACUGAUAGUUUAUUAACAUCAAUUUAUGAUUUAAAAAUUUAUUUAAUUGAUUUAAAUGAUAAUCCAAGUGAAUUUUUAUCAAAUCCAUUAAAAUUUUAUAUUGAAGAAUUAGCUAAUUAUCAUAUGAUUAAAUAUCCAAUUGAAGAUUAUCAAUUAACAAUUGGUUAUUUAAAUGGUAUAGAUCAUGAUGAAGGAGAAAAUGCAUUAAAUCAAUAUGAAUUAGAAUCAAAUGAAUUUAUUAAAAUUGAUUCUAAUACAGGAAGAUUAUAUUUAAUUCAACCAUUAGAUCGAGAACAAAUAGAAUAUAUUCAAUUAACAGCUAGAGCUAUUAAUCUUGCUGAACCGAAAUGGAUUACAGAUGUUCAAAUUCAAAUUCAAGUUUUAGAUGUAAAUGAUAAUAUUCCUCAAUGUUUAACAAGUUACAAUCGAAUAUCAAUUCCAGAAAAUUUUCCUAUUGAUAAACCAAUAAUAAAAAUAAAUGCUAGUGAUCCUGAUAAUGGUCUAAAUGGUACUAUAAAUUAUAGAUUUCGAACAAAUUCUACAUGGUUAUUUAAUAUAAAUAAUAUAACAGGUGAAAUAUAUUCAAAAGAAUUAUUUGAUUAUGAAUCUGAAUAUAAAAAUUUUCUAUUAAUAAUUGAUCUUGAAGAUAAUGGAAAUAUAAUAAAAAAUAAAAAUAAAAAUUCAUGUCAAAUAGAAAUUAUUCUUGAAGAUAUAAAUGAUAAUCGUCCUGAAUUAAUUAGUAAUGAACAAAAAAAAAUUUUUCUUGAUAUAAAUAAAUCAUAUGAAAAUGAAAUUGUUUUAUUAAAUAUAACAGAUAAAGAUUCAGAAUUAAAUGGUAAAAUAAAAUAUAAUUUACAAUCAAUUGAAUCAAAUAUUAAUUUUAAUUAUAAUCAAACAUUAUUUUAUUUAAAUCAAAAUGGAAGUUUAUUUAUAACAAAUAAAAUUAAUCAAAUAUGUUUAUUUAAAUUACAUAUUUUACUUGAAGAUUAUGGUUAUCCAAUACAACAAACAUUAAUUGAAAUAAAUAUUGCUUUUGGAAAUUCUUUUGAUUCACGUUAUUCAUCAUUUGAUAAAAUUGAAAAAUUUUUUCAAGAAAAAUCUCUACAUACAAAUUAUUUUGUUUUUAUAUUUGGUUUAACAAUUUUAAUAAUAACAUUUUUAUUUUUAAUAUCAAUUAUUAUUAUUUGUUUAUUAAUACGACAACAACAUCAAAGACAUAAAACAAGAAUUAUAGCACGAAAUAAACUUUUAUGUUCAUCAUCACAACAAUUAACAACAUCUGAUUCAACUGUUACAUCGAAUAUAACAUCAACAUCUAUUGAACAUCAACAAAUUAUUCGACCACCUUGUUCAAAUGAAAGACCUUUUACUAAUGAACGUUUAUCAAUUAAUUGUUCAUCACCAGAAUCUCAUACAUAUAAAAUUCUUCAUGUACCUAUAGAUAUUCAUUAUAAUGAAAAAGAUAAAAUUGAUAAUAUUAGUUGUGAUCAUGGUUAUCAUGAAAGUUAUCAAACAGGUACACCAUCAUCAUCAUCACCUGAACAAUAUUCAUCAGAAAAUUCUAUUCGUCGAGAUUAUAUGUUUAAUCAAUUACCAUAUUUUGUAACAAAAUGUAAAAGUCUUAGUGAAGGAUUUAUUGUUGAAAUGAAUGUAGAUGGAAGUGAUGAAGAAACAAGAUAA